GCGACGGCGUACCGUGCGUUCCAUUCAGCCGACACGACGACAGCGCUGCAUUGCAUUGUAUCUCUCUCGACUCCAUCUCAUCACUCUAUCACUCGUUGCCAUCAAUCACACCACACACACACACCGCACGGACAGCGGACACGUUACGCCCGGCCCGACACGGACCGCCCCCGACCCCUCACUCCCCACCGAUAGCUCGUCGUCUGUAUCUGGUGGACACUUGGUCGACGCGAUAGCUCGCCUUCCUUCCCUUCCCUCUUCUUCCUUCCUCGCCAGCCCCCCACCAUGCCUUCCCUCUUCGGCAGCAGCUCGAACCACGGGCACCACUCGCCCGGCCUCUCGAUGCUCUCUGGCUCGCGGUCGCGCCCAGUCUCGAGACCAGCAAGCCCCACCGCGACGGCGUUCAGCACCGACGACCCGCUCAACGACUACUUCAGCGCUAACGGUAACGGUAACGGCGUGCCCGUGCCCAACCGCCCCUCGCUCGCACACGCAGGCAGCAGCGCCUUCUCGUACGUCUCUGACGGGGUCGCGUCGACGCCCCACACGCCAGUCGGGUCGUACUCGGCCAGCAACUACGCCUCGUCGCUGCACAAUGGCUCUAGCGCCACCCACCAGCCCCUCGAGAUUGUGCUCGACUCGGACAACCUCGUCCUCCGCGGCCAGGGCGGAGACCUCAACCCCGCGUACCUCUCUGGCCACCUCUCGCUCUGGCUCAACGAAUCCACCAACGUCAAGGACAUAACCAUGACGCUGACCGGUAAAGCCAAGGUGCACUAUACCGAGGCGUCGACCCACAACUACACUCACCCUAUCGUGCACCAUGACUGGUCGUUCCUCGACUCCACAAACGGCAAGAAGGGCAAAUCCCACACCCUCAAGGCAGGCCACCACACCUUCCCCUUCUCGUUCACGCUUGACGGUAACCUCCCCGCCUCAUUCACCACCUUCACUGGCGAUGGCGAUGUGACGUACAAGCUGCGCGCGACCGUGAUCCGCUCGGGCCUCGCCUUCAACCUCAGCACGGCGCGCACGUUUGAGCUCACGCGCAGCUUCACCCACGAAGCGCUCGAGUUCAACCAGACCCUCGAGAUUGAAAACACUUGGCCCGGCAAGAUCAUGUACAGCAUCACGAUCCCGUUCAAGGCGUACGCUGCCGGCGACGACAUCCCCGUGCUCGUCAAGUUCAUGCCGCUCGCCAAGGGUGUCCGCGUGCUCAGCGUGUCGUCGGUGAUCAAAGAGUACUCGCUCGUGCAGACGCGCACGAGCUCGCACUCGGACACACGUGUCGCCAUUGCAGUCAAGCACGAGAUCCAGGACGGCAAGGCGGUCCAAGUCGAGCGCGAGGUGACUCGCCCCCCGCCACACUGGCACGGCAUCACCCAGGUCGAGUGGUCGCGUGCCAACUCGGCUUCCAACACCCAGCCCCCUACUCCCCCGAGCGAGACGACCGACGAGCCAACCAACAACUCGAGUGCCUCGCUCGCUGGCACGGACGUUACCGACGUCAACGUCGGUGACCACGAGGUGUCGACCAGCUUCAACGUCCCCAUCCCUCCCUGGACCACCCCCAGCCACUCGGUCAAGCCAGUGUUUGUCAACCACAAGAUCAAGUGGUCGUGCUCCAUCGCCAAUGCCGACGGACACAUCUCGGAGCUGCGCUGCGCCCUCCCGAUCAUCAUUCUCGGCCACAGCAUCCUCGACGAGGCGCGCACGAACAGCGCUGCGACCCGUGCGCUGAUGGUGAACGGUGCUGUUGAUGAGAAUGCAGCCGCCCAGAUCGUCGACCUCCCGUCUUACAGCAACCACGUUUACGACCGUCUGGCUGUGACCGAUUCGACGGCCACGGCCGGUUCGUCGGGCUUCUCGAGCAUUGCUGGUUGGCGCAGUGUCAACGCCACGCCGCACCACUCGCCAUCGCACACCCCGCCUACGUCUCGCCCUCCCUCGCGCCCCGCCUCGCCGGUCCAUGGCAGCUCGCGCAACUCUGUCCACGAGGUGAUCAACGACCUGCCACCGAGGCGACAGCUCGAGCUUGGCACUGAGGCAUCGCUUCUUCGUUCGCUUGGAAACCUCGGUGGCCCAAGCGGCGAGCAGGACUCUGGCAGCUCCGGCGUCUCGGGCCACCACUCGGGCGUUCACUCCGGUGCGCACUCACAGCCCGUGUCUGGCCCGCACUCUGGCCACUCGACACCGCCCGACAGCUUUGCCAUGUCUCGCGAGGGCUCGCGGAGCCGCACGACGUCGCGCGCGGGCUCGCGGGCUGGAUCGCGUGCCUCAUCGCCCGAACGCGGACACGGUGAGCGGCCAUCCGCGUCGCGCCGGAGCACCGGCCUCGGCGGCCUCCUCCACCUCCCCACUGGCCUCAAGCCUCUCUCGGCCCUCGGCGGCAAGUCACCUAUCCUCCGCCACGGCACCGGCAGCGGUGGCGCGAGCUCGGCCUCAUCGCCGAUCCUGUCACCCAACUCCCCCGGUAUUGGUCGUAACGUGUCGUUCAUCAGCCUCGGCGCCAACGGUGGCGUCAGCACGAGCAACACUCGCCAGUCGGCCGUCACGAUUGCGCCGUCGGCAUUCACCCGCCCCGAGCGCCCUCGUCGCAGCAGCACUGGCGUGACCAACUUUUCGCUCGGCGGAGCUGAGACUCCCGACGACGAGGAAGAGGCGGUUGGCCGUCUGUCGCGCGUCCCGAGCUACACCGACAACGGGGACGCGUUUGUCGUUCCCCUCGACCCGUCGCUGCCGUCGUACGUCGACUCGGAGCGAGAGAUUGAGCGCGCCAGGAGCCACAUUGAUCUCAUGCGCGCGCGGAGCGACACUUCGCUCGUCGCCCUCGGUUCGGCGGCGGCAGCGGCGGCGGAGGAGCGGGCGGAGGCGGAGAUGGAGGGCGAGCACGCCACGCCUCACGCCCCAGCCCCGGCCGCAGCGGCGUAACGCAAACACACACACACAUUACACUCAUCAUACCUACAUAGACUACACCAACACCGCUUUUUCCCCUAUCCUGUAGCACCAUCGGAUGUUAAAUGUACAACAGAUUAUAGACUAUGAACAAUGC